UGUGCUGCUGCGUUUAGAAAAUGGCUGACAGAUUUUCUAGGUUUAACGAAGAGCGUGAUUUCCAGGGUGGAAAUAGCUUUGACCAAUAUGAGGAGGGCCAGUUGGAGCUGGAGCAGGCGUCCCUGGACAAGCCCAUCGAAUCGCGAAUUGGCCCCUAUUAGCUAAGCAGCAAUGACCCGCCCAGUAUUUUAAAGCCAGGUUCGUAUGGAAAUGCCUUCACUCCACUUGCACUGCUGUUGGACUCGCCGUUGUUGCUUUCAUUUUUGUCCGUCUAUAUUCUUUUAGUGCACCCACCCUUCUUUUCAGCACACACAGCCCACGCUGCAUCUCCGCCUACAGGAUUCACUAAGCCCACUUUGCUUUAAUCGACUCAUCAAUAGUUUAACACUGGUGCUUUACCUGAGAGUUACCUCCCAACCACCAUUAACCAUAUAUUGUGAAGCCUAUUUGACAGCUAUAGCCUUGGUAGGGCAUUGCAUCCAAUUGUCGGUCGUGCUUUUGCUUCCGUCAUUUGCUCCUGUCAGAUUUAAUGACCUGACUCGGUUUGGAAAAUGUGAUUUAGGAAAUAAUUCUGCAAACUUGUUUAUUGCUCCAGGAGGCUUCUUUCCCCAAGGAAAGUGUUGACGUAUCAGGCUUUGCUGCACUGGAACACUGCAGUGCAGGACAGAGGCAUGGUCGGUGUCAAAAGCAGGGAGAGAUAAAGGGAAGAUGGGGGUGGUGGGUGGAGGGGUGGAGCUCAUUGCAGAUUUUGCUGCAGUGAGCUCGGUAAUAUCAUGCUAUGUAGAACAGCAUCGUGGGUGACGUAGUCCAGAAACGCUGCGCUACAGCAGAUCUAUAGCCUCUAUUGACUAUUUACUGUGCCGUGUUCACGUGCAUCGGCUGAAGGUCAAAUACAUUGCACUCUCUCAAAGCCUCUUGCCCCUGUAGUUUGUAUACAAGGGCCAGUUCUGAAACAGCUACCAUGUCCCAAGUCUGCCUUCGUCUAAAUGAGGCCCAGCAGAGAUUCAGGUCUUAUCUUAUGUCAAAGCCUCAAUAAUGGGACGUCCCCUUGCUUCAGUUCCCAGGCCUGGAUGUUUUCAGCCCUACGAAAUGAGUUGAACAGGGAGGUAAAACAAACUUGGAGGGAGGCAGGAAAUGAUAAGAUAAGGUCUUUCCCCAUGAGGUGACCAUCAGAUAACUGCAGAGAGAAGAGUCAUUCGCUCAACCAAUUGUUUAGGGGAGAAGGCACGUUGAACCUACUGGCGGAGAUGCAUCACGCACUGUGUGUGUUUGUGUGUGCGUUGUGUCCGUGAGCACCACCCAUUUCACUUGCACUAACCCCAUACUUGGCCAUAGCUUAUCUGCGCUAUCCUAGAAUCCCUCCCCGACCCCUCUUCCCAUCUACUACCACCACGACUCGGCCUGCUCUCUCCCGCCCCUCAGCCCCCUUCUGUCAACAGCUCUGUUGUCCUAACACCUCCUCGCCUGAGCCCACCUGAGAUUAACACACUGGAAGUUCUGUUUCCCCAUCUCCCCUCAUACGGUCCACUCUCAGUACGCUACUAAACCCGACGUCACCUUUUUGUUAAAAAAUGCUUUAACAAAAAGCCGCAUGCAGGUUUUGUGUGGUUUCUCAACCCCUUCACCUUUUUUGUUUUGUCUGUGAAACUUGAUGUCCACUCUGUGAUUUCUUUAUAAUUAUCAUUUUUUUUUGUUGUUUUUGGUUGGUUUGUAUGUUUUUUUUUUACUUUAUCUCUUUUAGAUUGCAGCACUCUGGUGAAUGUUAGACAAGCUUGUGUUAGCUAUAAUCAACCCCACUGCUUAUUAAGAAAACAUGAUUGAUCUGUCUGUUUUUUUAAUUUGUGCUUGAAGAUGUUCUGUAGUGUGUAGUGGUGGGACGGUGUUGCAUUUCACCUUAAAUGUUUAAGUUUUAUCGCUGACCCCUACCAGUGAGAUAAGUCUUAAGUCUUUAUGCACAAAGUGCUAUUUCAGAGAAGUCCUUUUUGGGUGUGCUCUUGCAUCUCUUUCAAUCAAUUUGACAAUGGGCUAUCAGUUCGGACCCACCUGCCCAAAUGUGACAUGGCUCAUUCAGGUUGUAAGAAAGGAUGCAUUGGUAUAAGUCCCAAUGAGAACCUGAUGAGCCAACAUCAUUACUGGGCCUGCCAAAUGCCAUCCGACAUACAAAUUCUGUAACCUGAUUGUAUGCUUCCAGCUUGCAUGACUCCAAUUACAACGGUUAAAAUACAUAAUGCAAGAGGUGUCAAAGAACACACGCAACGGGAUGCCCUGUAGUAGCUAUAGUGCUACCUCCACACAAUGUCCUCCUCUCUACCUGCACACAUACAUGCCCCUUUUUAUGAUACUUGGUCACUGUCUCAACCUGGGCCUUGUAAUGGUAAUCCAAGGCCCCGUCUCCUCCUCUUCCCGCUAUCUCUCCCUCUCUUUCUCUCUCGCUCUUUUUUUGCUGUACAGCUGUGUUUGUUCCAUGGUGUUCCUCCUGUUUUGUCAUGGUUAUAGAAUCACAGCAAGCUUGGAGUCUCAGGCCCACGUUCCUUUCAAUGCAAGAUUUCCAUACCGUGUUGUCGUGUGUUUCUAUGUGUACUAAGCUCUCGCUCUGUACCGGGUGAUAUAUGUCUGCGUGUGCUACAUAUAUUGCCCCUUUUCUCCUUCCUUUUUACGUAAUCUUAGUUGAUUUGACUUGUCCGUCUAAAGACUAACAAUUAACACGCUAAAAGCCUGCCGUAUGUUAGCCUUAACAAGAAGGGGGUUUUGACUGCAUUCUGCACCGGGUGGGUAUGUUUCCCUGCUCCUUAUUGUCUACACACGGAUGCUAGCGUGUACUGGCUAGGCUACACAUAGCCCACAGUAGUCCAUUGUAGUGGAGAAGCCCAUACCUCCUCCAAUUCCCCCCCACUCACAACCCCUGUGUGCUGAAAGUCACUGACGUUACACGCUGUAGGUGAUGUGAAUGAUGACAAUGGUGGUGGCUGUGCUGAUAAAACGUUUUGUGAGAUUUGUGUUUUUCGUUUCUUUUCUGUUUUUAUUUUUGUGUUGUACCUGUCACAACGGGAGAAAGCUUCUCUUAUUUUUGGAAUAUUUUUGGUCUUUCUCUCCUCUGUUCUCUCUUCUAGGAUAACAUCGGACAUCGGCUGCUUGAGAAACAUGGCUGGAAGUCGGGGCAAGGCCUGGGAAAAACCAUGCAGGGACGCACUGACCCUGUGCCCAUCACCCUCAAACAAGAUGUCAUGGGGAUGGGACGCAUGGAGAUGGAGCUUGACUAUGCAGAGGAUGCCACGGAGAAGCGGAGAGUCCUUGAGGUGGAGAAGGAGGACACAGAGGAGCUCCGACAGAAGUACAAGGACCAGGUGGAGAAGGAAAAAGCCAUAGCCAAAGCUCUGGAGGAACUGAGAGCCAACUUCUACUGUGAACUGUGCGACAAGCAGUACACCAAACACCAGGAGUUUGACAACCACAUCAACUCCUACGACCACGCUCACAAGCAGAGGCUUAAAGAGCUCAAACAGAGAGAGUUUGCACGGAAUGUGUCCUCUCGCUCCCGGAAGGGGGGGAAGAAGCAUGAGAAGAUGCUGCGGAGGCUGCAUGAGCUGGCCGAGCAGCGGAAACAACAGGACCGCACCCCGGGAAGCGGCCCCAUGUUCAAGCCCACCACGGUGGAGGUGGACGGCGAGUCGAUGGAGGACGGCGACAGCCCGCCCGCCGAGACCCCCUUCGCCCCGGUCGAGUGCCCGCCCGUCGAGGCGCCCCCCGCCCCGGUGGAGCCCAGCGCCCGGCAGGCCUCGCCCCAGCCCCCCGCCGCCUCCGCCGCGCCCGCCGUCAGCUUCUCCCUGGGCAAGCGGAGCGCCUCCUCGCCCCCGUCGGCCGCCGCCGCCUCCAAGGUCAGCGUGUCCUUCUCCUUCGCCAAGAAGGCGCCCGUGAAGCUGGUCACGGCGGCGGUGGUGUUCUCGGACCACGGCGAGGAGGCGGCGGAGGACGAGGACGAGGACGGCGACAGCCAGGAGGGCGACAAGGCGGGCGCCCAGGAGGAGGCGGCGUCCACCAGCGGCACGGACAGCCCCAAGGGGGGGACAGGGGACGGGGGGGGAGGGGAGGGAGGGGGAGGGGGCGGCGCCAACGAGGGGCCGGAGGCGGCCGCGGCGACGGGGCCGGAGGCGGCGGUGACGGAGGAGGUGUCUCAGCCGCAGGACGACGGCGCCGCCCUGGCAGCCACGCUGAACAAGCUGAAGAUGAUGAUGAGGAGGGAGGAAGGCUACGCCGGCCAGGAGCCCCAGUACUACCACUACACGCCGCCCACCCACUGCCGCGUGAAGCCCCGCUUCCAGUUCCUGCUCUUCAUGAGGGCCACAGACCAGUGUGAACUCAAGGCCGGGGACUACGAGGAGGGGGAGAAGGAGGAGGCGGCAGAGGAGCAGGGGCCCGAGGAGAAGAAGAAGAAGAAGAAGGAGACGGUGAAGGAUAGUCCCGCCGGGCCGGUCAGCGCAGAGUCCAGCCCUGCAGGGUGCAAGCAGGAGAAGGAGCAGGACGUGGUGAACACCGCCACCAACCCGGAGCCGCCCCCUCCCUCACCCAAGGUGAAGGCGGAGGAGCUCGCAGCCGAGCCCAGCCGGCCCCCUCCCGUACCGGAGAAGGGGCCCAAGCAGGAGGCCGCCGACGCCCACUCGGGCCCGAAGAUCCCCACCGGCCCCUUCUUCCCGGUGCUGAGCAAAGACGAGAGCACCACCCUGCAGUGGCCGUCGGAGCUGCUGGAGUUCACCAAGGCACUGCCCUCCCUGUCCUACAGCUGCAACCCGCUUUAUUUUGACUUCAAGCUUUCCCGGAACAAAGGAGCGCGUGGUGGGAAAGCUGCGAAGUCCGCAAAACCAUGCGAGGAGGCGGCGGUGAAGGGGGCCGAGGCGGCGCCCCCCACCGCCGACGGGGAGGCGACGCCGGCCCGCCCGGGGCCCAGCGCGGACAAGGAGCAACCCGCGGCGAAGGGGGACGGAGCGCAGGCGGAGGGCGACGAGCCGGCCACGGCGGUCGACGGCAGCGCCGCCGCCGCCAAGAAGAAGAAGAAAAAGAAGAAGCACAAGAAAUCCGGCAAGCAUUCCAAACACAAGGAGAAGGGCACGGCGGAGGACGGGGCGGCGGAGGCCGACGUCGCCGGGCAGAAACCCAAGAAGAAGAAGAAACACAAACGGAAGAAGAGCCGCAACAAGGUGGAGGACAAGGAGGAGGACGCGGCGGCCAAGGACAAGGAGCCAAAGCCCAAGCCCAAAGCUGAGGACAAGGCGGUCGCCUCCUCUGUCCCCCCGCCGCCGCCCGCCGCAGCAGCCCCCGCCGGCCCCUCCGGGACGGAGCCCGGCAAGAGGAAGCGUCCCGCCAAGGAGGCCCCCGCGAAGCCGUCCGCAGCGGAGGAGGAGGGCUCCGGCAAGGCCCCCGGCAAGGCCCCCGACGCCAAGGCCGGCGGCCCCGAGGAGCACAACGGCACCAAGAGGCAGAAGACGGACCCUGCCGCCCCCCCGAGCACCUCGUGUGCGGCGGCGGCCCAGAAGAGCACGGGCCCCGGGCGGCCCCCCAGCAGCGAGAGUGAGGACGAGGGCGGCGCCAAGCGGCCCCGCCACCACCGCUCCAGCCCCCGGGAGCAGCGGCCCCACCGCAGCCAGGACUCGGGCCGCUCCCGCAGCCGCUCCUCCCGGCGGGACGGGGAGCGGCGGAGCGGAGGGGGCGGCGGCGGCGGGGGCGGGGGCCGGCGGCGCCCGCACGGCCAGGCGUCCCGCAGCCGCUCCUACUCCAGCAGCUCGGACCGCAGCUCGGCGGCCAGCAGCGGCUACAGCCACCGCAGCCGCAGCUACUCGGACAGCUACAGUGGCUACAGCACGGGCGGCCGGCGCCGCCGCCGGCGCUCCAAGCGCUCGUCGGACUCUGAGUACGAGCGCCGCGGCGGCGGCGGCGGCCACCGGCGCUCCCGCCGGCGCCACUACUCCACCUCGUCCUCGGACGACUCGCGCUCGCGCUCCCGCAGCCACGGCGCCCGCCGGAAGAGGCGGGGCCGGCCGCGGGCCAAGCGCAGCAGCUCGCGCAGCUCCAGCAGCCGGAGCCGCAGCAGCAGCAGCAGCGCCCGCUCCUGGCGCCGCAGCUACAGCCGCAGCCGCAGCUCGGCCAGCCGCUCCUCGGGCUUCUCCGCCAAGGCCUCGCCGCGGCGCGGUGGGGCCCGGAGCCGCGCCCAGAGCGCCGAGCGCCGCCGCGACUUCAACCGCUCGCGCAUCUACCGCUCGCAGUCGCCCCGCUCGGCGCGCGCAGCCGGCCGCAGCGGGCACGCGCCGUCGGCCUCGCAGGGCCCCCACCGCACGGGGCCGUCCCGGGACGCCGGGGACCAGAGGAACUCCCUCACGGCCCGGCAGCUCCUGGAGAAGGUGCAGUCCAAGAGGGGCGACGACCCCCCCGCGGGGAGCAAGGCCGGCGGGAAGAUCAAGGACCCGCCGCAGGGCUACUUCGGUCCCAAGCUGCCCCCCUCGGCAGGGGGAAAAACCAUGCUGCCCCUGUUCGGCAAGCUCCAGUCGGGGAAGAGGCCCGCCAUCAUCCCCCUCAUCAGGCCCGGCGACGCCGACAAGCCGCCGGGGGCGAAGGCCCCGGAGGCCGAGAGAGAGGUCAUCCUGGUGGAGCCCAUCAGGGAGUUCCCCCCUCCGCCCCCACCGCCCGCACCCCCCGUAAAGAAGGCGGAGGUCCCCGUGAGCUCUGCGGUGGCCCUGGAGGAGACGCCGCGCCCCUGCGCCGACCCCCAGCUCCUCCUCGACGCCCAGCCCGCGUUCGAGCAGGAGGCCAUCCCGCUGAUGGCGCACUACCCGGGGGAGCCGGGCCAGGACAUGCCCCAGGGCGCCAUGCUGGAGCCGCUCCUGGCCGACAUGCCCCCGCCGCAGCAGCAGCAGCACCCCCCUAUGCAGCACGGCUACCCCUCCUACCCUCCCCCCAGCCUGGAGGACGAGUGCAUGGACCCCGAGGAGGACGGCCUGGCCCCCCUGGAGAGCCAGCCCAUCACCUUCACCCCCGAGGAGAUGGAGAAGUACGGCAAGCUGCAGCAGGCGGCGCAGCAGCACAUCCAGCAGCAGCUGAUGGCCAAGCAGGUCAAGACGUUCCCCUCGGCGGCGGCCGCGGCGGCGGCGGCUGCGGCGGCGGCGGCCAGCCUGCAGCCGGCCCCGCAGCAGAUGCAGCAGAUCCACAUCCAGCAGCCGGCCGUGUCGAUGGCCUCGGCCACCUCCAUCACCACGGUGCAGCACGCCAUACUGCAGCACCACGCCGCCGCCAUGGGGCUCCACCCCGCCCACCACGCCCACCACGCCCACCACGCUCACCACGCCCACCCCGCCCACCCCCAGCUGGCCCAGGUGCACCACAUCCCCCAGCACCACCUCACGCCCAUCUCCCUGUCCCACCUGGGCCACUCUCUGGGCCACUCCCUGCAGCACUCUCUGGGUCACACCCUGGGACACUCUCUGGGCCACUCGAUAGGGCACGGCCUGAUCCCCGCCCACCACACGGCCUUCCUCUCCGGCCAGCCCAUACACAUCAUCCCCGCCUCGGCGCUCCACCACACGCCCAUGGCCCUGCACCACAUGCCCCACGCCGCCCUCUACCCCACCCUCUUCGCCCCCCGGGCCUCGCAGGCCGCGGCAGCUGCCGCCCUCCAGCUCCACCCUCUACUCCACCCGAUAUUCUCAGGGCAGGACCUACAACACCCUCCUAACCACGGCUCGUGAGGAAAGAGGUGACGGUGGAUUUUGGGUGGGGGAGAUGAAUUGUAGGUAACGCACCUGACGAGGGUGGGGGGGGGGGGGGAAGGAGGGAUUGAGCUGAGAGGUCCGGGGUGGGGGGACCCCCUCCGAUGUGAGGGUGGCGGCCCACCGGCGGCUGGUGCUCUGUACAAACCACCACCUGGAUCGAGGUGCACUGCGCAGCCAGACAGCGGUUUACGCAUCGUUAAAAAGGGUCAAAAUGAACACUAUUACAUGCUUCUGGCUGCAAAGAUCAUUUCUAUUCACGGUAAUGGCAACACUUUACCCGUUAUGUUUUUACACUGGGUGCUCUAAACGUGGACUCUAGGGUAUAUUUGGACAAGCUUGUUUAUUAAUGUUGAAACAUACGUGAAAGGAACCACUGGAGUAUUUCGUUUUUUUUCCUCAAACCGUUAAAAGAAUGAUUGUCGUUUUACAAUGCUGUUAACCAUUUCCUACAGCCCGAAAUAAGAGUGGCCCGCAAUGGCUGAGGCGAUUCAGCAGAAUCAUGUUGUAGGAAAAGGUCGAGAUCAGCACAAAGCGUAGGAAGACUGGGAAGAUGCCGCUUCUGUAAUGUACCCCGAUGUCUCUAGCGAGCUGUGACUUAGCGUCUACUGGAUAUUGAGUUAUGUUGCAGCAAGUCAACCUGGUUUAUAUAUUGGGCCACCCGGAGGGGCUGUCUAGCUAAAUAACAAUUGCUAAAAGUUAAGUUGUAAAUAAAAUCGGUGUGUAAUGUGAAAAAAAAGAAAAUCCCACCAAUAUGACGCCCGUAAUAACUUUUAUGCAGUGGUGCCCAUGUUGGUCUGAGUUGUCACAUGAAUGAGUAAUUGUUUUAGUUUUUUUUCUGAAUUAAUUGAGGAAAUAACUUUUCUAGGUAGUCCCCCUACCACCCUGGUUGCUGGGCGAUGAAGGUCCUUUUCCCAGGGCCAAUAGGAGGCGAUGGUGGUUGGGGAAGGGGCGGGGGGGGACACCUGACUUGCACUGACAUCUGUACGUCAAGAUGCUCCUUUUUGCAUCAUGUAACAAUGAUUGUAGUAUACUGCAAUAAUUGUAUUUUUCUUGUUUUUAAGUUAUUUUCCAAAAAUGCUCUUUAAAAGAUAAAAAGGCUCAAUUUAGCUUUUUGUGUAAUUUUGUAAAUACAAUUGCUGCAUUUAAAACAUUAACAUUCUAGGGAGUAGGAGCUACUAUUGGAAAGGCAGGGUGAUAAACAACAUUGAAGAAUGGACACAUGCAUGUGUAAUUUAUUGAGGUAUUUUCCAAACUCUUUGCUAAGGCCGGGGAUGUCGAAGGAUACCGAUUUGUAAAACAGUAGCGAGGUUUUGUUUUUUUAAUCUUACGCUUGUGCAAAUAAAAUCUUUUUUGAGUUUC